AUGACAGUUCUAAGCUAUAGGAAAGCGCUAGAAACGGUCCAAAGGAGAGGAGCAAUUAGGAUAUGCAGCGCGUAUAGGACACUUUCCCAAGACGCAGUGCAGGUAAUAGCUGGUGUGCCACCAAUAGAGCUUCUUGAUCUGGAGAGAGGUGAGAGGCAGAGGGGCUCAACCAAAGCGGAUACUAGAGCCAGACUGCUGCAAGAUAAAUGGCACAACCAGGCGCUGUCUGCCCAUGGAUGCUUUGGCAAGUAUCUGCACUUCUUCGUGAAGAAGGAGGAUGAAAGGUGUUGGUACUGUGAGGAGGACGAUAGCCCUGAGCACACGCUAUUUAGGUCCUGCAGAUGGGUUGAAAGGAAGCACGAGGCGGAGGCAGAAUUGGGAGUUCUGCUAGAGCCAGAAAAUGUUAUCAGUGAAAUGCUGAAGAGUGUGGACAGCUGGAAUAUUGUAGCGGCGUACAUAUCAGAAGUGCUACUAAGCAAUGAAGAAGACGAGCGGAGGCUGCAGAGUAAUAUAGUGAUACAGGUCCUGUUUGCUGGUGAAGAAGAGGAGAGGUUUUAG